AUGAACGAAAAUAAAAAGAGAAAACUUGAAUCACAGGACGAACGAUCACAAAUACCCAAGCAUCAACAUGAACCCAUAGACCAUGAUCAUCACUACGGAAUAUUUAUUAACAAUUGUUUACUUUCAAUGGAUGUCGUUGAAACUCACAUUUUGAGUUAUUUGAAGGAUGUAGAUUUAUUACAAGUGGCUUGUACUUGUCAAUGUUGGAGAUUUGCAGUCGGAUUACAAGCUCCCAAGAGAGAUUUAUUUUUAUUUGAUGAAAUUCUAAGUGAGAAUGAAAUGAAAUAUGGAUUGAGUCUUCUUUGGAAAUCCAUCACCUUGAUUGCGUGUCGAUAUGAAAAAUUAUUAUCAACCUUUCAUUGUGGUAUCACAUCAUUGACAAUCAUUGGAGGUCAAACCAAUCGAUCAUUCGUUCAACAAUUGUGUACUGGAAAGUUUGAAGCAUUGCAACAGUUGGCAUUGAUCAUUUGUGGAUACUCGUCGCAACAAGUAGAAUGGCUGUGUGAAAUGAAUGAAUGUUUUCCAAAAUUGAAAUAUUUUGAUUUUACAGAGCAAAGACCAAUAGUCUCUACAGACCCGAAAUUAUUUCGAUUACUCAACAAGCUUUCACAUGUUGAACAUUUUAACAUGAACCACAAGUACAAAUCAGUCCAUAAAUACACAGAUGCCAUAGAAAGACGGAAUACACAAUUGACCUAUUUGGCAAAAAAUUUAUCCAAAGGUACAGGUCAUGACCUUCGAACAGUGGCAUUGAUAUUUUAUGACGGAGCAGAUUACUUGAAAAAAGAUUAUGAAAAGGCCUUCAAAUAUUAUUCUAUGGCUGCCAAUAGUGGUGAUCACAAAUCACUCGAAUACGUUGGAUACAUGUAUGAGACUGGAAAGGGUGUUCAAAAAGACAACACACGAGCGUUUGAAUGUUAUUCAAGUGGAGCCAAAACCUUGAACCGUCCAAAUCUUCAUCUACGAGUGGCCAAAAUGUAUGAACAUGGUGUUGGCACACCGAGAGACUUGAAAAAAGCUGUUGAACAUUAUGAAUUAUGUUCUCACACUUGCUCGGAUGCAGCCGAGUUCAUAGGACGGGUCUAUGAAUUUGGACUUGAAGAAAUUGGUAUUUCCAUCGAUGAAACCGUAGCAUUGGAGUUUUACAAAAGAGCAAGUAGUUUCAAUGCAGAAAUUCAAUUCAAAAUUGGACACAUGUAUGAAAUGGGAAAAGGUACACCAAUGAAUCUCUUCUCUGCUGCAUAUUAUUAUCAGAAAAGUGCAAAUUUGGGAAAUAUUGAAGCUGAUUAUGCAUUGGGACGACUUGCAUUGCAUCAUGGACAAACGCCAGCCCAAACUGGUCUGGAACACUUGAAGAAAGCAGCUCUCAACAAUCACGUGAUGGCUCUGUACGAACUCGGAACUGUCUAUGAACAAGGUUUAUUAGAUGUGAAAGCAGCUGACCCCGAGCAAGCAUUACAAUAUUUUGAAAUGGCUGCCUCAAAAGAGAAUGUCCUUGCACAAUGUAAAUUAGGUUUCAUCUAUGACAUGGGUACGUGUGGAGUUGAGAAAAGCGCUGAAAAAGCCAUUCAAUGGUAUUCCAAAGCUGCUCACCAUGGAGACAUGAAAAAUUUAGGACUUGUGUAUCUGUAUGGAAGAGGUGUGCCAGUGGAUUUGGAACGAGCCAUGAACUAUUUGAAAUUAUCAGCAGAAAAAGGAAAUGCAGAUGCAGCAUUUACGAUGGGAACACUCUAUGUGAAAGGAAACUCGAAUGUUGAAAACAAUCCACAGAAAGCUCUUCAACAUUUCACACACGCCAUUUCUCUCAAUCCCAAUCACACCGUAUCGAUGUAUGAAAUUGGAAAAUUGUAUGAGAGACGUCUUCUCGUUACGGAAGAGCAACCUGAAUCAACGUUGGAUUUCACAGCACUCGAUUGGUAUUUACGUGCAUGUUCGAGUAGUAACGACGAAUUCUUGGAAGCUUGUUAUAAGGUUGUGAAAAUUGCUGGACGACUUAAAUAUUUACAAGAUGCCUAUUCCAAGUUGAAUGAAUUAAUGAAAAAAAGAGGAGAUCAAUCAUCAUCGUCGUCACCUCUUGCAUUGUAUUUAUUGGGAAAAAUUCAUGAAAAGGGACAUCUUGUAGGAGUGGAUCAUUCACAAGCGUUUAAUUAUUAUGAAAAAGCAGCCAAGCUAGGAUUUGAAAUGGCUCGAAAACGUUUGGAAAAUAUGGAACUUGUCAUGUAA